GUGAACUUGGGUUGCAAAGGCCUGUCUUUUUUCGUCUGAACCUUACACUCUUACCAAAGGCAUUGUUUUGAAGCUUAUACAUGAGGAUGCCAGGUUCAGUGAUGAUGUACCAUGGUGUUAAAAACUGAAGACAGAACCGGGAUACUUUUCAAGAUGCAUGGGCUUGACACAGAGAAACAGGAUGGGUUCCUGGUUCAAUUUAGUAUUGGUAAACUCAUUGAAAUGGGGAUUGAACACUCCAUGGGCAAAACAAAUGGGGAAAAAUUUACCUUACAAUCAGACAAUUCACAAAACAAAAAUUUAAAGGAAAACAAUGGUUUGUCACAAACAAAGGGAUUAGAGCCAGAGGGAAAUAUUAAAGAAGCCUCGCCUGAGGGUUUGAUAUAUAAAAUCAAUAGUUUGCAGGUUGAUGACCGAAGUGGCAGAUUUAACACUGGCAACGGAUGUGACAAAAGUGUGAAUAAGUUCGAUUCAAUGGAAAUAUGUAGCAAUUCUGAAAGUGAGACAACUGCUCUCAGUGAACUGGAGCAGCGUCACUUGGGGCAAGCUACAGAUAAGCAAGGUUUAUCAUCAGGGCAGAAUGAACUAACCCAGGUUCCAAGAGAGAGAGUAUUGCGUGUUCCCACUAAAGCUAGUCGUAAAGUGUAUCCAGAUUUCCAAUCAGCUGACACAAAAAUGAUGACAUCUGCAGAAGAGACCAGAUUGACAAGGAAAAGACCAUCGCCGAGUGUUUCUCCUUCAGUUAACCACCCAAUGCGAAAAAGUCAGAGGUUGAGAAAGGAUGAGUGUUAUGCCAGUGAGCAGACAGUGACGGAACCAGUUGACCUUCGAGUAGCAAAUUCCAAAUAUUAUAAGAAUGAUCCGUUGCCCAAGCCAGACCUGGGUAUAUCAGAUCAUUGUAAAACUGGGGGAUCUCACAAGCCAAUAACAGCAAGAACUUCAGUUUGCAUAUAUCCAAAUGAACUGCCUAACUCACCACCCUCAGUACAAGGGUCAGUUGAGGUUUCCACAUCUGAGGAUGUUUUACCUGCCUGCCCACUUGACCUUUCUGAAAAGCCUGCAGAUUCAUCUUGGGUACCAAGGAAUCAGACUGUGUUAAGUCAGGGAAAAAGCCAUGCAUGUAACAGCAGUCAAGUUUUGACACCAAAUGCUGACAGUCAUUUGGAAUCCCAGCGGGGCAAUAGGGAGUCCCCAGUUGGUGUGACAAAGAGUCACAAAUGUAUGAAGGCCAGGUGGUAUAAAAAAUGGCAGGAACAGAGAGAAGAAAAAGAAGAAAAUCAAGAUGAAGAAAAAGUAGGAUUUGAAAAAGGAGCAGAACAGCUGGAACAAUUGAAAAAUGUAGAUGAUAAAAAAGGGAAGUCUGAAAUGGAAGAGGAUAAAAAAGAAAAUUUACCUCACAAAGCAAGAAGUGAAGAAGGGGGAGUAAAUGGAAAUGAAGUCAAGGAAGCAAGCAUAAGGUUGAACAGUGGUGCAGAUGCAAACUCCACAGAAGCAAGUGCUGUAGUAAAGUCACCUUGCAUGGAUGUAUUGGAUUUCCAGAUGAUGAAGUCACUGCAGAACAUUUCAGCAAAUCCCUAUGUCCCGAAGAACAUGAAAGUCAGCCGUGUCCUACACACUGGGAAGCAGAAAUUAUUCAAAUAUUCGGACUUGGUGGAGCUUAUAAUUGAAAAAAGCCUGGGUGCACCUGGUGCCCAAGAAAAGAAAGCAUGGCCUCUUCGUAGGGCACGCAUAAAAAAACUAGACAGCUCCUCAGAUUCAAGUGAAGAUGGAAAUUUUGGCAUCCCUUCCCUAAUGGAGACUUUAGAAAAUGAUUGUGACAAAAUUGCAAAGAAUGAUGCUGACAGUGGAAAUUCAGCAGUAUAUGGAGGGUUGGCACUUAGUAAUAUGUCCAGUUUAAAACUGCCAGAAAUGGAUUCAAAUGCCAGGCGUAAGUUGUGCACAUUUGUCCCAGGUAAAUUUGUCUGCGUGGGGAAUUCUUUGAAGGCAAUCUCUCAAUUUUCCCCUGCUGCAUCCAGGAAAGGUGAGUUGGGUCCUGAUGAUGAUGAUGAUGAUGAUGAUGAUGGAGAUGAAGAAUACAGUAAUUCCAGUUUCAGCUCUGGGUCAACCACAAAUGAUAGUAAUAUAUAGUUUGUAUUGUGUGUUCACACAUUGUGAUGCUGUAUUGUCUGUAUCAAGGUACAAUAUUUUAAAAUAUAAUGUAAAACAGUUGUAAAACAGUUGUUUUUGUGUGGCCAGUAUGUUAUGAGAAAAUUUUGUUGCCAAUAUAAGUCAUUGGACAUUAUGUAAAGUGCAAUAUUUCCCCAUUAGGCCCAAGUUGUCAGCCAUUUUGUGACCCUAUUUUUGUAACUUUUUAAACAUUGUUCCAGUCAUUUUGAUUGCAUGAGAAAUUCGAUUCUGUUGACUUUUUUCAUUUAAAAUGAGCUAUUUAAAAAGAAGCCAAACAGAAAAAUGUAUUGUAUUUGUACUUUAUAUGCUAACAAAAAUAUUGAAGGUCUAAACUGAAUGCUUUUGUUUUGCAUUCACAUGUUAAAUUUAUGCAUAAAACUAACAGAUUCCUCUUAAAUAUCCCAGGAAAUACGAAUGGGUAAAAGGGAACGUGAAUGUUGUUUUUAGACUAUAGAGUAUGUUAGAAUGAUGUUUUUAUGGGUUGUUAUUUGUUAUCUUGGCAGACACUUGAAAGAGAAAUGCUUUUUUAAACUACUGAUAAUUGAAGAAUGAAAUGAAAUUAUGUAUAUGUGAUGCCAUGUGCGUGACAUCACUUGAUGCAAAAGAAGGUUUACUUUUUUCCCUUUUUCUUUUGAUAUUAUUGCCAGACUUAAAGAUAAUUUAGAAGGUUGAAUUAUAAAAUUGAGAUUUGCUAAUGAAAUGUGUUUUAUUCCUUUGUUUUAUAAAGUUAUAUACUAAGUUGAAUUGAUAGAAAAUACAAUAAAAUACUUCAUUUCUAAAUUUGGUGAUUAAACAAAGCUUAUAUGGAAACAUUAAAAAUGAAAUUUUAGGUGAUAUUAAUAGUCGAGUAUUAAAGAAGAAGGAAAUAUAAUACUGAAAUAUGAAAGGAGUAUCCAGAAUAAUUUUGACUAAAUAAUAAGAAAGUAGAUUUCAAGCACCUCACAUUCACAGGGUAUCAUCACAUGUUGUUGACAUUAUUACAUAAUUUUGUUUCCAAGACAGCAAUGUUAGUUGGGCCUGUUUCAUGUUUUUUCCCAUGGCAGUUGUAUUGAUUUUGUUGCAGAGAAAGCAAUCAUAUUAAUCUAAUAAUAAAAGUAAUCUUUAUUGAGCACUAAAAUGUGUACACGUUACAUUUUACAGGCUCUCUUCUCUAGUUUUAUAACAUCUAUAUAAAUACAAAAUACAUUUGGAAUGAUUACUGGGAAGUAGCACAGGUUAAAACGACUAUUGCUAGUGCUGGGUAUAUUAAUCUAAUAAUGUUAAUUGUACAAAGAAAGAUUUUAUGUAAAGUUAUUAUUUUAUUAUUGUUUACAAAUAUAUUUUGAUGUACAUGUAUUAAUCUCUAGAUCUAGUUGAUGAUAGACUCACCCAAGUAUGAAAGUAUUGUAAAAAAAUGUUGAUAGUUACGUACACUAUUUGGACAAGUAUACUUGUAUACAUAUUCUCUCUUGAUAUUGUGUAAGAGUAUUUACUUUAAUACAACAAGUAACCCUGUGCAUAAUUAGGGAUAAAUAGAUAUGUAAGCAAUCAGUAUGUACAAUGUCUAUCCAGUAUAAACCAGUAAUCCAGA